CGCUGGGUGACGUUAGGGAAGCCUAGGAGUGGGAGAAUCCGCUUUGGCCAUCAUUGCUCCCUGGGAUUACUCUGAAUGAGUUUGCUAUAAACAGCUUGACUUACAUAACAGCGAGUAAUUCUGUUAGUGCACCUUCAGCUAGCCGUCUGGUUUAUUUUCAGAGGAGAGGACGCGCUUAAUUGCAUUUCAUUUUGGAAUAGAGCGCCAUUGUAUAUAUACAUUUUUUUUCUCAUAGGUGUCAAGUGCGGUCGUUGCGAAGGAUAACUUACUCAAGAGGUGAAUUUUAAGAGCGCUCAUUAUGUCAGUGGUAGGCAUUGAUGUGGGUUUCCAAAACUGUUACAUCGCUGUGGCAAGGAGCGGUGGCAUUGAAACCAUUGCCAAUGAAUACAGUGACAGAUGCACACCGGCUUGUGUGUCUUUGGCCACCAAAAAUCGCAUGAUUGGAAAUGCAGCCAAGAGUCAGGUUAUAACAAACUUCAAAAAUUCAGUCCAUGGCUUCAAAAAGUUCCAUGGCAGAGCAUUUGAUGACCCAUUUGUCCAAGGGGAAAAGCCCAAACUGCCUUACAACUUACAUAAACUGGCCAACGGAAAUACUGGAGUUAAGGUGCGUUAUUUGGACGAGGACAAAGUGUUCACAGUGGAGCAGAUAACGGGGAUGCUGCUCACCAAGUUGAAGGAGACGUCAGAAAGCGCCCUGAAGAAACCGGUGGUGGACUGCGUCAUCUCGGUCCCGAGUUUCUUCACAGAUGCUGAAAGACGAUCUGUGUUUGACGCCACUCAAAUCGCAGGGCUCAACUGUUUACGGCUAAUUAAUGAUACAACUGCAGUGGCUUUGGCUUAUGGGAUCUACAAACAGGACCUUCCAUCUCCAGAAGAGAGGCCCCGAAAUGUGAUAUUCGUGGAUAUGGGACAUUCAUCAUACCAAGUCUCCAUCACGGCCUUCAACAAAGGCAAACUCAAGGUCCUUGCCACAGCGUUUGACCCAUACCUUGGUGGGCGUAAUUUUGACGAGGCGCUGGUAGAUUACUUCUGCGAAGAGUUCAAGACCAAGUACAAGCUGAACGUGAGGGAGAACCAGAGGGCUCUGCUGCGUCUGUACCAGGAGUGUGAGAAACUGAAGAAACUCAUGAGUGCCAACUCCUCCGACCUGCCUCUGAACAUAGAGUGCUUCAUGAAUGACAUUGAUGUUUCCAGCAGGAUGAAUAGGGGCCAUUUUGAAGAGAUGUGUGCUCAGUAUCUAAUGAGAGUAGAGAUGCCACUGAAAGCAGCCCUUGAACACUCAAAACUGAGCCGGGAUGAUAUCUAUGCAGUGGAGAUAGUUGGAGGAGCUACGAGAAUGCCAGCUAUUAAAGAGAGGAUCACCAAAUUCUUCGGCAAAGACGUCAGCACCACACUGAACGCAGACGAAGCUGUCGCUAGAGGCUGUGCACUUCAGUGUGCAAUUUUGUCCCCAGCAUUUAAGGUGCGUGAAUUCUCCAUCACUGAUGUCGUUCCCUUUCCCAUAACUCUACGUUGGAAAUCACCAACAGAGGAUGGUUUGGGAGAGUGCGAAGUGUUCAGUAAGAAUCAUGCUGCUCCAUUUUCCAAAGUGAUAACCUUCCACAAGAAGGAGCCCUUCGACCUUGAAGCCUUCUACAGCAGCCCUCAAGAGCUCCCAUACCCGGACCACAGGAUAGGAUGCUUUUCUGUACAGAAUGUGGUUCCUCAGCCGGAUGGAGACAGCUCUAAAGUGAAGGUCAAAGUGCGCGUCAACGUCCACGGCAUCUUCAGUGUGUCCAGCGCCUCUCUGAUUGAGAAGCAGAAAGGAGAAGGAGAAGACAUGCAAAUUGACUCAGAGCCAAUGGUGCAAAAUGAAGGCAGAGCUGAGGACCAGACCAAAAUGCAGGUUGACCAGGAAGGCCAAAACCAGGGAGACCAGCAAAAUGAUGACGACUGUUCCACCAGUAAGGAGUGUGCAUCUGGGGAGAAGCAGGAUCCGGCAGCAGGGGGGAGCAAGCCCAAAGUCAAGGUGAAGAGUAUUGAUCUGCCCAUCGCAGCCAACAACAUUCGACAGCUCGACGGUGAUGUCCUUAGCAACUUUAUGGAGUACGAGCGUCAGAUGAUUGUCCAGGACAAACUGGUGAAAGAGCUGAACGAUGCUAAAAAUGCUGUGGAGGAAUAUGUAUACGAUCUGCGGGAUAAACUUUGUGGGAUCUAUGAAAAGUACAUCACAGAGGAUGACAGUAACCGGCUAUCACUGAUGCUGGAGGACACAGAGAACUGGCUAUACGAGGAUGGAGAGGACCAGCCCAAACAAGUCUAUGAGGAAAAGCUGGAUGCACUUAAGAGGUUGGGUCAACCCAUUCAGGACCGGCACAGAGAGCAUGAGGACAGGCCGAGGGCUUUUGAAGAGCUCGGCAAGAAACUACAACUCUACAUGAAGUUUGUGGAUUCCUGUAAACAGAAGGAUGAGCGAUACCUACAUUUGAGCGCAGAAGAGAAGAGCACUGUAGAGAAAUGCGUGAAUGAAAGCAUGGGCUGGAUGAACAGCAAGAUGAACGCACAGAGCAAACUCGCUAUUACUCAAGAUCCCGUCGUCAAAGUAGCAGACAUAAUUGCCAAAAUACAGGAACUGGAGGAUGUAUGCAACCCAGUGAUCAACAGGCCAAAGCCCACAGUGGAGGAGGCCCCUGAAGUGAACGACCAAAACAGUGGCGCUCAUAACGGCCCGACAGCCAAGCAAGACGCCAAGGGAAGCCAGCAGACAAAAUCUGGCACGAAAGAGAUGGAGGUGGACUGAGAUCGUUGUCUGACGAGCAACAUCACUGACCAUUUAGACAGUAGAAACAUGAAUACCUGGGACCAUUUCUCAAUCCUCACCAGCCACUUUUGUGGAUCUGUUUUUUUGUGUGUGUGUGUGUCCCCCAUCGGACUUUACCUUUUGAGGUUUCUCUGUUUUCACCCUUUCAUCCUUAUGUGUGACAAUGGUGUGCUUUACUCUCUCAAAGGUUUGACAUACUUAAUAAAAGAAAGAAUGAUGCAAUAGAUCAAACUCUGAUUCUGAUGUAAAACUGUUUCCUCUGUACCAUACAGGACGGUAAGCUUUUGUGUUUGCGUUCCACGUGUCUCAUAAGCAUCCAGUAACAGCAGUAAAUCCUAUCACCAUAAGAGAAAUAGAAAGUGCUGUCCAAACAAAUGCUAUUGCAGAACUAUUAGUUUGUAUGCAAUAAUACAAAUUAUAUAUAUUUGUAUUUAAUGAGUUUGAAAUGAUGUCCAUGUCUAGAAACUGUAAAUACUAUUUUAGUAAAUAAAAGCAGCCAGCAUAUACAGCAUCAGUAAAAAGUCUGGACACGCCUUCACAUUCAUUUAAAAGAGAAAGUGUGUCCAAACUUUUGACUGGUGCUGUAUUAUUAUGUACAUAAAGAACACAUUCCUAGUGUUACAAUGGCAAUGCUUGACACACCAAAUCUCUUUAGUAAGUGAUUGGUUGCCUAUUUCCUUUUUUUUUUUGUUUUCUUGCAUUUUUCCAUAUUUAAGUUAUGGGAUUUAAAGAUGGCAAAAAUAAAUUCAUUUGUCUGUAAGACAAAAUGUCUUUAGUCUGAAAUUAUUUUAUUUUCAGCAGCUGAACCUGAAAGAAAUCAGAAAUCUUUAUCUGUGUGAAGUUUUGUAAUGUGAUCAGGACAAUUCAAAAAUGUAAGUGUUUAGGUUACUGAGAUUUGAAUCCCCAGUUAAGAAAAGUGAGAUGCACAUUGGUUGCUUACAACACAUGAAACUAUAAAUUACAG